AGAUUUCAUCUCUGCAGAGGAGGUUGCCGCUCUCGUCAUCGACAAUGGUUCGGGUAUGUGCAAGGCCGGUUUCGCCGGUGACGAUGCUCCCCGCGCCGUCUUCCCGUCCAUUGUCGGUCGCCCUCGUCACCAUGGUAUCAUGAUUGGUAUGGGCCAGAAGGACUCGUACGUUGGUGAUGAGGCCCAGUCGAAGCGUGGUAUCCUCACUCUGCGGUACCCUAUCGAGCACGGUGUCGUUACCAACUGGGACGACAUGGAGAAGAUCUGGCACCACACCUUCUACAACGAGCUGCGUGUGGCUCCCGAGGAGCACCCCGUUCUAUUGACUGAGGCUCCCAUCAACCCCAAGUCCAACCGUGAGAAGAUGACGCAGAUCGUCUUCGAGACCUUCAACGCCCCCGCCUUCUACGUCUCCAUCCAGGCCGUUCUGUCGCUUUACGCUUCGGGUCGUACCACUGGUAUCGUGCUCGACUCCGGUGAUGGUGUCACCCACGUUGUCCCCAUCUACGAGGGUUUCUCCCUGCCCCACGCUAUUGCUCGUGUCGACAUGGCCGGUCGUGACUUGACCGACUACCUGAUGAAGAUCUUGGCCGAGCGCGGUUACACCUUCUCCACCACCGCCGAGCGAGAAAUCGUCCGUGACAUCAAGGAGAAGCUCUGCUACGUCGCUCUUGACUUUGAGCAGGAGAUCCAGACUGCUGCCCAGAGCUCCAGCUUGGAGAAGUCUUACGAGCUUCCUGACGGCCAGGUCAUCACCAUCGGCAACGAGCGCUUCCGUGCUCCUGAGGCUCUGUUCCAGCCUUCGGUCCUGGGUCUUGAGAGCGGUGGUAUCCACGUCACCACUUUCAACUCGAUCAUGAAGUGCGAUGUCGACGUCCGAAAGGAUCUCUACAACAACAUUGUCAUGUCUGGUGGUACCACUAUGUACCCUGGUCUUUCGGACCGUAUGCAGAAGGAGAUUACCGCCCUGGCACCGUCGUCGAUGAAGGUCAAGAUCAUUGCUCCCCCCGAGCGCAAGUACUCCGUCUGGAUCGGUGGUUCCAUUCUCGCCUCGCUUUCGACCUUCCAGCAGAUGUGGAUCUCGAAGCAGGAGUACGACGAGAGCGGACCUUCCAUUGUCCACCGCAAGUGCUUCUAA